GAACGUGGUACUCCGUUCGUAGUUCGCGUAGUCACAUUAACUCCGUCUCUCGUCGUCGUUAUUAUUGUUGUUUUCAUUAUUAAUAUUAUUAUCAUCAUUAUCAAAUUACUGUUGGUUUCAUUAUCGCGGGUUGUCAUGUCCUCAUCACGGAAUUCGAUUGUUUCCCUUCACUGACUUUCGCCGCGCUCUCGUCUGUCACCUCGGUAAUAUUCAGUAUGUGGUCGCACAUAUUGGCGACAGCAGUCCCGACGGCCGUCACCAUCGUCACCGAUAUAUCAACUACAAUAGGAGCAACAGCAGCAGCAGCAGCAGCAGCAGCGAUAACUUCAGCGAUAAUGACUUCAGUAACGCAGCGGGACCGAACGUGCGUCGCGACCAGCUGAAACUCAACACGCGCGUCCUUACCUGCUGCUAUACUAUUUAUGAGACGGUUGCGUAUUCUGAACGAACGUCAGUAGCAUUAGCAAUUAGUACCAGUAACGGUUGCAACUGGCGAUGGUAGCGUGCGUCGAUGAAUCACGUGCAUGAUAUCCGCGAUCGUUUUGUAUCAUCCGUGUUUCUUUUUCAUUUUUAUCAUCGUAACCUCUUCCAUUUUCAUCCGUUCGUCUGACCAUAGGCCACCGUUUGGAUUAAAGUGAAAGCGAGCCCGCGAACGGAAGCGCGACAAACGGACGUACCGCUCGUUGCCGCUACUGCGGCCGAGCGCACCGCCAACCCGCACUGUUUGUUCGUAGUGCUCUCCAUCACUCUACCAUGGGACUGUUGUUUUCGAAAAUCUGGAGUUACUUUGGUACCGAAGAACACAAGAUCGUUAUUAUUGGUCUUGAUAAUGCGGGCAAGACUACCAUACUGUAUCAGUUUCUAAUGAAUGAGGUUGUACACACGUCGCCAACAAUCGGCUCAAAUGUUGAGGAGGUGGUGUGGAACAAUAUUCAUUUUAUCAUGUGGGAUUUGGGCGGACAACAAUCUCUUAGAGCUGCAUGGUCUACCUACUAUUGCAAUACUGAGUUUGUGAUAGUUGUUAUUGACUCAACAGACCGUAGUCGUCUGGAUUUAAGUCGUGAAGAAUUGUACAAGGUAUUGAAUAAUGAAGAACUUUCUUCAGCCGCUGUUCUUGUUUAUGCUAAUAAGCAGGACAUGAAAGGAGCGUUGACCGCUGCAGAGAUCAGUAAACAUUUAAACCUGACUUCCAUUAAGAAACAACAGUGGCAUAUCCAAGCUUGUUGUGCACUAACUGGUGAAGGAUUAUAUCAAGGUUUAGAAUGGAUAUGCAGUCAAUUAAAAAAUAAAUGACUAUGAUUGUUGUUGUUAUUUUUAUUAUGAUAAUUUUAAAUUUCUUUUUAUAAAUCA